AUGAGUGCUGCCUUUGCAAGGAGUGCUGCCUUCGCAUGGAGUGCAGCUUUCGCAUGGAGUGCUGCUUUUGCUCAGAGUGCUGCCUUCGCAAGGAGUGCAGCCUUCACAAGGAGUGCAGCCUUCACAAGGAGUGCUGCCUCCGCAAGGAGUGCUGCCUUUGCAUGGACUGUUGCCUUCGCAAGGAGUGCUGCCUUUGCAAGGAGUGCUGCCUUUGCAAGGAGUGCUGCCUUUGCAAGGAGUGCUGCCUUCGCUAGGAGUGCUGCCUUCGCUAGGAGUGCUGCCUUCGCUAGGAGUGCUGCCUUUGCGGGGUGUGCUGUCUACGCAGUGAGUGCUGCCUUCGCAAGUAGUGCUGUCUUCGCAAGGAGUGCUGCCUUCGCAAGGAGUACUGCCUUCGCAAUGAGUGCUGCCUUCACACGGAGUGCAGCCUUCGCACGUAGUGCUACCUUCGCAUGGAGUGCUGCGUUUGCACAGAGAUCUGCAUUCGCAUUGAGUGGUGCCUUCGCAAGAAGUGCUGCCUUCGCAUGGAGUGCUGCCUUCGCUAGGAGUGCUGCCUACGCACGGGGUGCUGCCUUCGCAAGGGGUGCUGCCUUCGCACGGAGUGCAGCCUAA